AUGAAAAAAGAAUAACAUCAAUAAAGGAGAGACACGACACUAAUACAAUUAUUAGUAAUAUUGUGUGCGUGUUUUACGAUGGGGAUAGUUUUGUUUAAAGUGGUAGGUUUGCAUGAAGUUUAGAGUGAUUUAUAAUUUGAAUAGGCAUCAUUGAUUUAAGAAUAAACAUAUUUAGAAUAAUAAAUAAAAGUGCUUUAAAAUUCACUAACAUAACCAAGUUUUUUGGAAGUGAGAAUGAGUGUAAAUAAGAAAUAGCAUAAAUAAAAAAUACAUUAAUCUGAAUAGAAACAUUUAGAUAUAUAGAAACCAUCAGUGGAUAAGAAGGAAUAUGAAUAUUUAGAAUUACCAAAUAAGUUGAAAGUUUUAUUAAUAAGAGAUCCAGAAACAAAAUUAACAUAAGCAGCAUUAAAUGUGAAUGCAGGAUCAUGGAAUGAACCAGAUGAAUUUCCAGGUUUGGCACAUUUUUUAGAGCAUAUGUUAUUUUAAGGAUCUCAUACAUAUCCAGAGACAAGUUAUUUUGAAUAAUUAGUAGCAAAAGGGGGAGGUUAUACAAAUGCAUAUACAGAAGGAACUAGAACUAAUUAUUAUUUUACUAUAGAUACAAGUAGAACAAGUGAAGCAUUGAAUGUAUUUGCUCAUUUUUUUAUUGAUCCACUUUUAUCAUAAGAAAUGGUAUAGAAAGAAGCAAAUGCAGUUAAUUCAGAAUAUGAAAUAAAUGUAGCAGGAGACGGAUGGAAAAUAUUACAUUUAAUGAGUUUAAUGUCAGAUCCAUAACAUCCAAUGAGUAGAUUUACUAUUGGAAAUUUAUAAUCAUUACUUAAACCUCAUGUAGUUGAGGCUUUGAAGAAAUUUCAUGAAUAAUAUUAUUCAUCAAAUUAAAUGGCUUUGGUAAUCAAGAGUUCAUAGCCAAUAGAAAUGAUGAAAGAAUUUAUAGAAUCAAGUGAAUUUUUAAAGAUUCCUAAUUUGAAUAUUGAGAAACCAUCAUUAGCACAUUUUGGAAUGCCCAUUAAAGAUGUUGCAAAAUUAGUGAAAUAUCACAUUAAUACAAGAGCGACUACAUUAAUAUACUUUUAUUAAUUGGAAGACAGUACUAAAUAUUUUGAAACUAAACCUAUUUAAUUUAUUAAUUCAAUAGUAAGAUCAAGACAUGAUGGAGGAUUGUAUAAUUAUUUAGUAAGUAAGAAUCUGAUAGUUGAUAUGGAUGCAUAACCAUUCUUAGGUAAUAAUGGUUGUUUCUAAUUUUAUUUGAUUGAAGUAGAAUUAAGUGAAACUUUGAUUGGAUAAUAAAAGGAUUAUGCUCUAUAAAUUGGAUAAGCAAUAAUUUCAUAUUUUGAGGAAUAAAUACAUAAAUUUUAUGAUGAAGAAUAGAAUCCCACUGAUUUCUUAGAGGAGACUUAUAAGACAAAGAAAGCAAUGUCAGAUGUUUAAUUUAAAUAUUUGGAAAAAGAUAUAGAUAUAUUUAAAUUGUCACAUAAUCUAAAUACAUUUCCACCAAAAUAUGUUCUUAAUGCAGAAACUAGUUAUUUUAAAUAUGAUCCAUAAUGCAUAUAUAAUUAUUUAGCUGAUCUAAUGAAUCCUAAUAACAUGCUUAUAAUGAUUGGAGAUGAUGGAUAUAAAUUAGCAAAGGAGGAAAUUGAAAGCGAAGAAUUAAAAGCUUCAUUCUUGGCAUUCUAGUAACCUUCUACUUUAUUAUUGUAAUAAAAUGUAGGAACUAGUGACAUUAAUUUCAUCACUUAAAGUGAAUUAUAAUUCACUAAUGAUCUAUAUCAUAUUUAAUAUGAUGUAAAAUAAUUAGAAAGAGAUAGUUUAGAUUUUAUGAUGCUUGAUAAUAUUCCUUUAAGUUUGCCUUCCAUUAAUCAUUAUGUUCCAGUUAAUCUAGCUUUUAAGUCACUUUGUGAUCAAUAACAUAUUUCAUAUAUUUAAUCUGUCGAUUCAGAUACAAUUUAUGAUAGAAAAAAUAGAUAAAAUAUAUUUAUUGAAAAUACUCAUAAAAUGCCUUUCUAUUUUACAUCUAAAAAAGAAUGUUAAGAACAUGAAUUUGAGUAUGAAUAAUACAAUCAUUUCCCAUAAUUAAUUAAAAAAGAUAUUGAAGGUAAAACUUGGUGGAGAUUAGAUAGAUCAUAUAGUCCAACUGUUUAUGCAGGAAUGAAUUUUGAGACUGCUAUUGAUAUGAAAUCUUUGAAGAAAGUAGCCUUGUUAACAGUAUUCAAUAGUUAUGUGUCUGAUAAUCUAUAUAAAUCACUUUAAUAGUCAUUUGAAGCUGGUUAUGAAUUAUCUUUUGAUUCAUCAAUGAAGGGAUUGUCACUUGAAAUGUAUGGAUGGAGUGAUAAAUUUGAAUAUUUCUAUAAAAAUGUAUUAAGAGAAAUAAAAAAAGAAAUUAGUGAUGAUGAUCUAUUGAAUAGGGUUAAAUUAAGUUAAAUUACUGAAUUAAGUAAUUCAUUUGAAUAAAAAUUAUUCAUUUAAGCCACAUCAAUUAUUUUACCAACCAUCAUAUAAGGUUAACCGAACCCAUCUUAAAUGAUAGAUGAAAUCAAUUCUAUUACUAAAAUAGAAUUGGCUCAAUUUUAAAAAGAAAUGUUAGAGAAUUUUAGAUUUACAACAUAUUUUACAGGAAAUAUUUUAAGAGAUGAAGUUUAAUCAUUAUAAAAUUAAAUUCCAAAGAUAUUUGACGAAUCUACUUCUCAUAUUAGAAUAUAAAAUCAUAUUACUUAAAUAUCAGAUCUGAGUCGUAAAUCUAUUGUUUACUCUUUAGUGUCCAAGAGUACUAAUUAAUUAGAUACAAAUGGUGUAACUCUUAAUUAUUAUUAAAUUGGAUAUAGAGAUUAAAAAUAAUUAGCUAUGAUGAAUUUAUUAUAUAAGAUUCUUCAUAAUGCAGCAUAUGCUUAUUUACGUACAUAACUUUAAUUAGGAUAUGUUGUAAGUGUUAAAUUUAAACCAGUUGGUUGUUUAGAUAGUGCUUAAAUCUUAGUUUAGGGAACAGCCAAACCACCUUAUAUUGUAAAUUAACAUAUUGAAGAAUUCUUGAUUAAUUAUGGAAGAGAAUUAAAAGAAAUGACUGAUUAAUAAUUUGAAGAUCUUAAAACUACCACUGUAAAUUAUUAUCUAAUUUAAUUUAGAUUUCUGGGUUAAAAGAAAUUGAGAAAAAUCUAAAAGACAAAGCUAGAAAUACUUGGUCACAUAUUAAAAAUAAUGAUUUAGCAUUUGAAGAAAAAGAAAUUGCUGCUUAAUAUAUUGGCAUGGUUACUAAGUAGGAUUUAUUUGCAUUCUAUGAUAAAGUUUUCACUUCAGGGAAACUCUCACUUUAAGUUUAUGGAUAAGGAAUGAUCACUUAAACUAUGGGAAUAAGUGUUGAUGAUCUAUCUAAUAAAGUUAAAAGCAAUUAAUUAUCUAAAGAUCAAACAUUUGCUGUAAGAGAUGAAGUCACUGUUUCUACCUCGGAUGAUUUCAAAUAAAGAAUCACUUCCAAUUAUAAUUGCAAUUAUAAAAUAAGUAAUAUUUGA